AUUGCUUGUUCUCAGAAGCUCUUCUCGGUAAGUACUAGCACCGUAUAACCAUAUGGCUUCUCGCUUCUCUGAUCAUCACAGGUCUGUGCUUCCGCAUUGAAUACCUUUGAGCGCUCCGCUGGGACAUGUGAUUCUCGCUCUAGCGGUAUGAUAACCUAACACACCUGAGAUACAGCCGAUUGGGGGACAUAUUCCAAAUCAAUACACUCCUAAAUUUUUCUCGCAUCUACCCUCGCGUGUUCUCAACUAUUCCUACAACCCCCAAGUUCAGCAAACCGAGUUCCCCCAGGGUCAUGGCUAAAUAUUCCAUGCAGUACUCUCCUGUCGAUGGUGUCGACAACGACAAUGAGGAAUCGUUCGGUUAUACGGAAAGGCUUCGUGCAGAAACUCAUCCUAAGUUGCAUAUACCUCGCGUGUUGCCCAUGUUGAGUCGUGGCACGUUGAUAUUUACAUCAAUACUCUUUUUCGCGCUAUGGGUGGGCACACCUUCGCCCAACCUGCAUGACGACAUUCCCGCAUACUCUCCAGCAGGUGGUGCUGUUGAAUCCACGAUCGUAAGAUUCAAUGGAAUGCUCGACUUUCCUUCUAUCUAUCGUGGCCCUCCUUCCCCAGAAAUUGAUGCUGCUUGGGCUAGGAUAGCUCAUGAUGUGCUGCCAACUCGGAUGUCACUUAAGGAAAUUCUCAAAGCCGGCGAAGUAGACUCACCUUCCAAGGUCAGAUAUCCACCUGAAUUUGGUGGGGGCUUCAUGGUAUCUAUGGAAGCCCCUCAUCAACUCCAUUGUCUCACCAAUGCAGGAACUACGAGAAAAUCUUGGAUUUGGCUGUCGAGCAUGCUGUUCAUAUCCCUCAAUCGGCAGUUACUCGUUUCAAAGAUACAGUUGACAUGCCCUUGCCCUCCCAUCUGA